AUGACUGACUUUUUUAUUGCAAAGUUGCAAGAAGCAAUUAAUUCAGAAGCAGAAAAUCGAACGGAAUUAGCUCGGGAUGAGCACGAUGCAACAGAUUCUUCACAAAAAGCAAAAAUAGCAUUCUUAAUUGCAAAAUCUGAUGAAAGAACUCAGGCUUUAGCAGUUCUUAUGUUACAUUAUUUAUCUGGUUUGCAACAUUGUUUCGAUCAGGAAGAAGCAGCAAAUUUAAAUGUGAUAAAACCUGAAUUUGAAUCUACAAAUGUAAAUAAUAGUUCAGAUUCAUGUUCAACUAAUUUACCUUUUGUGAAUGUAUGUGAAGUUGAAAGUGAAGAAUUAUCUAUAGAUGAAACAUGUUUUAGUAUAGAAAAUGAUAGUAGUAAAGAAUGUAAACUUUUAACAGCUAAUGAAGUUGAUAAACAAGAUUUAGAUAAUAAAAUGGAUGCUGUUCAAGAAAAUGGAUGGAAUAAUGAAAAACAUGAUACAGUUAAAAAAUUUCCUAUUGAUACUGCAAAAGCUGUUUGCAAACGGGGACAUACUGAUAGCAUAUCUGAAGAAACUUCAAUUUAAUUUUCAAUAUGUACAAGAAAGCUUAAUACAAAUUGUUUCACAAUAUUUGUGGAAAUUUCUGAAUGCAUCUUCAUUACAUAAUACUGUUUUCCUUUAAACAUUAAUGAAUAUUAGUAUAGUAGCAUACUUAAUUUUAAGUAAUGAUUUUUGUAUUUAGAUAACAAAAAUUGCAUAUUGUAAUUUU